AUGGGCGUCGUCCUGCUCGCCGAGCUCAGCUCUGCUAUAAGAGCACGCCAGCUGCACAUCGACGGCGUCGCAGCAAAUGCGGCCACGGCAGAUGGUGGCGCCCUCGACCGCCGCGCCGGAGUUGCACCUCACAACGUGACCUUCGAACAAUGGAGCACACCCAACGCCGUCUACAUCAAGUUCACUGACAUUGCUGCCUUCCAGGACAAGUUCUACAUCGGCAGCACCCACAGCGAUGUCGCCGGACGCGAGCACACCCGUUACCGAAAGCUUCUACAGUCACGCAUCGCCACUUGGACCUUCCUCACCGACCUCAGCAGCAACACCCUCCGCUCUUUUGAGGACAUGAAGUCCAUCUACAAGGAGUUUCACCACGCCGUUCAUCAGCGAAACUCCCAUGUCUCGGAGUUCCUGCAUAAUCACCGAACAACACAGAACGACUGGGCGCAGCAUGUCCCACCCGUGUGCGCCUGUCACACGCUGGCAACACGAGCAACUGGUGAACACGCCCAUCUUGUCGACGGACACCUGGCUUGCCCUGCCUCUCACCUCAAUCUUCCUCCCCACCUUCACAUCAUCGCGGACGGCAACAGCAGGAACGCCUUCUACCCCUCCAAGCAGAAGUACGUUCUCGCCUAUGUCACGGCCUUUAACCGUUGGUGCACCCACCACCACUUACCGCACGUGCACCAGCAGUGGUUGGAGGACCACGCAUCCCUCCACUGGAAUACGCACAAACAGUGCGGCAAGGCAGUGUUUGACGCUAGCGCCCUUCACGCCUUGAAGGAGUGCACCGGGAACUUGGUCUGGCAUUGUGAGGACCACGCGGCUCACCGUUUGAUGGUGUUUUGCCCGAUCCAGUACUAUCGCAUGCUGGACAACACAUGGUGCAAUUCAGACAUUUUCGAAGAAAUGGUGGGCAUCAACCCCUUGCAGCACCACGACGACAAGGUCCAUGCCAUUCGCCGCUCUCUUCCACGGUACGAUUGGGCCUUUCACGACUAUGGUCGCGUUCCUACAGCCUAUCUUGUGCCGAAGCGCAAGAAACAGUUCUCUGCUGGCCGCCCCAUCAUUUCAUUCGCCGGCUGCUUCACCAGAAAGCUGUUCUCUGCCACGGCCUUCUUGCUGCAUCAACUUGUGGCCGUGGCGUUUCCCCGAUCCCGCCAGCAUCACGACGUGUGGCAACUCCUUACAGCGAUUCAACGCUUCUUCCGUGACAACGAGAGCACAACGCACUUCCUCAUCUACAACCAAGACCUUGAGGGCUUCUUCACUUCCCUUCCUGUCACCGUCGUCGUGCUCCUCUCCACGAACACCGAGUAUGGCUGGAGGACGAAGUCGAAGGCAAACCUUGGCGGCCUUGGCGAGGAUGAGGUGGACAGCUUGCGACUGCUCCGACUGCGCUGCGGCAAGAAGCGCAAGGGCCAAGCUGGCCCCCUGACGCCAGAGGAGUACUGCGCGCACUGCGCGGAAACUGUGUCUGAAGACGACGAUGAGUCUACUGAUGGCAGCAACUUGGAUCUCGAAGCUUCUGAAGCCCGGGCCCAGACUCAGACGCCAGGGCCGCCAGGGCGCAGAACAGAGCUACAGGCCGGCCAGGGCCAGGGUGCCUGGCUGCGGUGCUCACAGCAAGCAUUGCCCAAGAGUGCAACGAGCAGCGAGCCUGAGGAAGAACUCGAAGUGCCACUGUGGCUGGCCUUUCGCUUCAAUGAUAGGCAUCGCUUCCGAUCAUUCGAGCCACGCUCUGUCAAUGCUUUCCGUCAACAGCGUAACCGCCGGGACGCGGAGCCUACAGUGGUGGCCCGCAGUGUGCUGGCCACUGCUGCAAAAGCCGCUCAGAGCGGCGGCGUUGCAGAAGGCCCGCAGCAUGUGAAGUGGUCAGCCUGCGGCGGAUGCAUGGGCACAGUGUUGGAAUCCAUGUGGCGCAAUGUGCUGCACAUAGUGGGCAACAACUAUGCCCAAGAUGCGCUGCUGAACGCGUUGAGGAUGCUGGAUGUUGGAGAGGCAAACUUUUCCUACCUGAAAGGCAUUGUGGAGGACAAGGUCGUGGCCAUCUUCGAGGAGCAAUGCGACAUGCUGGAGCGGGUUCUGACUGCCUUCAACGCGGCUGUGGUCGCCAUAACCACAGAUCGAGGACUGACCCGGCAGGUAGAGGGUGUGCGCAAAGAUUUGCAGGCAAAGGCGAGACAAUGUGCUGUAAGUGCGCUGACGCAAUGGCGCAACAUGAGUGAUGCGCAGCGAGGCUGCGCGCACAAGAUUGCAGUGAAAUUCUGCAAGGAAGGCCCUUUGCGACAGGCCCUGGUGCAGUUUGUGAGGGGGCAGCCCUUGGUUGGGCUGCCGCAGCUUCGCUUGGAGGUUUUCAGGCUGGCCCUUGUCAACUUGUGCGAGAUGUCUGUGGAAAGGAUGCACGCAGUCACGCAGUCAGUCUUGCGGUCUGGCAGCGCGCAUUCCAGCAUGCCCACAUUGUCGCUCGGCAAUCGUUGGAAUGAAUUUUUGAGUGCUGUGCAGCAGCCUGGUCAGUUUGCGUGGAUGGCUGCGGCCUGCCAGCAAAGCUACCACCCCUUGAGGGCAGCACCUGUGUUCGGUAUUGUUGAGCAUCCAUCGCUGGGGCCUCGCCGCGUGGCUGAGUGUCAAGGAAACCCUUCGCUGCUAAGAUUGCUAGGCAGCACCAUGAAAUACAGCAAGACUGUCAAAAACAUUGUCUAUCGCACAGACAGCGCGUUGCAGCACAUGGACCUGAGCCAGGCCUUUCCGCCGCAGCAGAAGCAGUCUAAGAUCACCGCGCUUGCGCUUCACGGCACAACUGCAGUUCUUCACACGGAUCUUUUGGACAAGGAAGAGAUGGACUUGCUGAAGGACAACCCGAAGAUGCUGAGACUGGAGUUGCAUGCCAACCCGAGGUCAGGAUUUCAAUUGACUUCCUGGGCGGUCCAGAAUAUGAAGUUUGCGAGGGCAUUGAAGAACCCAGCUUUUGUCCUCCUUUCAGACCAGGACAGUCCUGCUGCGGAACGCUGUGUCUACACCCUUCUCACCCAGCUGUUCAAAGCAGCUCUGGAGGUUGCUCCAAAGGCAGACGCCAAAAGGUUGGAAGCGCUUCCAAUACCUGCUGGCGAGAUCCCUCAGACCAGCCGCAAGAUUUACCUGGUGCAGGGGGCAGCGAGCAUUGGCAAGCAGUACAUUCUUUGCUGCUGGGAGCUCACAACCGAAAGAGAUUUCAGGGCAUUUUUGCGGCAGCAUGAAGUCAAGAUGUUCAAGCAUUGCCAGCCUGAGGCUUAUUACAAGUUGAUCUUGUCCAGAAAGCCUGCGAAGCUUCAGGCGUUCGAUUUCGAGCAUGACAUGGGCGCUGCAAGCAGCAGCCAAAAGGAGGAAGCUCUACAGGAGCAGCGCCAUGAGGCUGUGCAGCGCAUGAAGUGGUGGAUCAUUAGAGGCCUUGAGGAGUCCUGUCGAAGCCAUUCUGCUCACCAAGAGAUCAAGAAGCAGGUUCAGAAGGCGCCGCUGAGCGCUUUGCCUUCAGACCAGGAGCUGGACGCGCAAAUGCCGCCAGCAGAAAGAGCUCUAACUGACGACGAAGGGAAGAAGCCAAGGCUCCUCAGAUUCAGAUUCCUCGUCUUCAUCUUCCAGUUCUUGAUCGUCUUCCAACAAAGACAAAGGGCAGCGGGCAGUGACCACGAGCAGAAGGCCAGGGCCCGGGCUGACAACAAGAAGAAGAAUGAGAAUGAGAACGCCCGGCCGGAGAUCACAAGUUCGGCCCGCCAGGCGCAGGUCCAGGUGAGCUUCCUCACUGUGAACUACCAGUUCACAAUCCCAGCCGAGAGCGAGAACACCAUCGCCGCCGUCGCCGCCAUCGCCAUCGCCGUCGCCGCAGCAGCAGCCAAGGCCAAGACAUUGGCGGCAAUGGCGGCAAUUGCGGCAAUGACAGUGAAGCAGGCGCCGAUGACACCGAUGACGCCAAAGGUCAAGAAGAUGCCAAAGAGGCCGAGUCCAGUCCUGCCACUGCCAGUCCUCAAGGGCACAGUGGCAAUGGUAGUGGCGGCCGGUGCCGCCGCCGGUGCCGCCGCCGCCGCCGCCUCCACUGAGUGCCCCAAGGCUUCCAUGGCUUCCAAGGACUCCAAGGACGCCGCAGAAGAUGACGAUGAAGAUGAUCAGACCUGGGGGCAUUGGGGCAGAUGGACCAAGGCCUCCGAGGCCUCUGAGACUGAGGUGAGCAAGAGUGAGUGUGAGGUCAUUGAGGACGCUCUGGAGUCCCUGGAUGCCUGGAGCCUUGAUGCGAUGCAGGGGGUGUCCCAGGUUGACCAGGCUGCUCAGGCGCUGCCUGCUUUGGCGCCGAUGGCGCCGCCACCAGCGCCGGCGCCGGGGCCGCCGCAAAGGCAUGUGACUGACCCUCUCAGUGAGCAGCCUUUGAAGACAGGCAUUUGCUGGUUGUCACCUACAUGCGACAAGAAGACAUAUGCCAAGAGCAAGUUCUGCAGUGCCCACAAGAAGGAGGCAGAGGCGUUGAAGCGCGACGCAGAGAAGAGCGGCAAAAACGCCCUGCAGUUCUACUUGUCCCAAUGCUCGUCCCAGACGCUGUACUCCAAGAUGCUGAUUGAGUUCAUGGGUAGGUGCCAGAGCAGGGGGAAGGGCGCAGGUCGGGAGCGCUUCAACUGGGUUCAGUACCAGGAGACAUGCUACAGAUCCAGGGAGGUCAGGCGCGGCUCCAAGGACCAGAUGAGACUUGGCCACAUGUCACAGGUUUUCGCUCUCACCGGGGUCACGGGUCACCGGGAUGCUCUCAUGCUGAAUGAUGCUGCCUCAUGCUGCGGCUGCAUCAUGAUGUGCUACGAGCAGUGGAUGGAUGUCUCACAGGCAAAGCACAAGCGGUCCUGGGAAGAGAGCGACAGGAUGUGGACCGAGUUCUCCAACGACAGCGAACGCGAAAAGGACCAGAUGGGUCCGGAGUGCUCAAAACUCAGAAUUGAAUGCCCAGUGAAAGACUACAUCCUCCGAGAAGACGUGAGCGGGUAUUCCAAAGCUCGCGUUGCAGCCCACAAGCAAAUGAAAAACCCCAAGCAGGAGGACAUGGAGAAGGCUGACUCCACAGUUUGCACUUCUUUGCCCAGAUGGACUGAUUCGCAUUUUGCCAUCGGCAACAAAUCCGGGGCAACCAGCAACGGUUUCAUGCAUGGCGACCAGGCAGCGGCAGCGCCAAGCACUCCUAUGUGCGAAGCAAGUGCAGGGCUGGAUUCUUUGUUCACGCCAGAAAAGCAGGACUUGCCAGGGCUGCCAGAGAACAAGAAAAAGAAUAUCAAAGACAUCAGUCGAUACAGAACGAAAAAGUACGACGCAGUCAUGAAGACUUACAAGAGCUUGGACCUCAAGUGCGACAGCUUGCAUAAGCAGGUCUCGGACUUUUGCAGCUCCAAGGACAACACUGAUGAGUUCAAGCACUUCAUUGACCUGGCCAAGUUCAAGUUGGAGUUCAUGGGCCGCUUGUCAACCUCCAAGGACGCAGAGGAAUGGCGCAGCUACUUGGAGAGCCUUUCAGAGCAGGAGAAGGCGAUGCUUCCAGGCGACUUGUCCUUGCUGCACUGCCCUGCUGAGAUUGACGCUCAGGACACUAUGAUUGCCGCGCUGUUGGGCAAGAAUGAUGUUGAUGAGAUUGACCAAGCCCAUGUCAAGAUCACAGCAGCUUUGAAUCUUGUGGUCACCCAAGCUAAAGCAGUAAAGGGGGCUGUGAAUGAUUUGCUUGCUGCAAAGCGAAGCCGGGAGAAGGAGGUGGAAAGGCAGCAGCAGGCUGCCAAACGCAAGGCUGAACAAGCUGCUGUGAAAGAGGAGAGGAAGCGGCAGCGCCAGAACGAGGAGGACCGCGAGGCUAGCCUGUACGCAGAUGCCUUGGCCUUGACUACCAAUGCGCCUGAUGGCAUGCAUCCUUGCCUGGUGUCUGCGCCGCCAGUUCCCUGCAUGACAGCUGCGCUGAAAGCGGAGGUGGAAACCUUCAUGAGGAAGCUUUCGCCAUGGGUGACGCCAGACCUGAGCAACUUUGAUGAGGUUGCUGCAGAGCUCUCCUUGUUCGGCUGUGUUCAGGGAAUGUCGUUUGUUAGCUCUGAGUGGAACGGCAUGGGGCAAGUGAGGUACCUGCUGGAAGGGUCAAGGAAGGUGUUCGCAGCACCGUGCGGGUGGCUGGUUCAGGCAGCGCGCAAGGUCGGCAAGGAUGUGCAGACCGAGGAGCAACUAUACACAUGGUUUCGCCACUUGUCAGAGCAGCAUAUCACAGCCCUCAACGGAGUUGCCAACACGCCACAGAUUGUCAGCCUUGUCCAGGAUCAAGGCCAACUGGUAUACAUCCCUUCUGGGUGGAUUGUUGGAGACUUCACAGAGCAGGUCAGCAUUGGGCUUCGCUACGCAGCCCUUUCCAGCCAGGAUGUUGUGAGCGGCAACUUGGAGCAGUUGAUCAAUUUGAUCAGCGACGGCAAGAAGCAAAAGGGAACCAUGCAGAAGUUGCUCCAAGCAGCCAAAAACCAGCUUGCCAAGGAGAAGUCGGAGAAGGCGCCUGCCAAGGCUGCCAAGUCUGCCAAGUCGCCAGAAGUGCCAGAAGCAGCAGAGCCAAAGCCAGCUCCAGCAAAGCCAGCUCCAGCAAAGUCAAAGGUUGAGGAUGGGCCAGAGAGCUUGCGUGACAUUCUGAAUUGGGCAGAGCGAGCCGUGGACAUUGUGCUGAAGAAGCCGCAUGAAUCAGACCUUUUUCUGGCCAACAUGUCUCGCGGCAUUUGCAUUGGAACCAGCUACUCUGGCAUGAAGACUCCUGAAAUUGCCUUGGACCAGUUGCUGGCAGCAGCCAACCAAUUGCUGCCCUGGUUCGGCAAGCAGCCGCUUGGCCCCAAGCUUCAUUGUGCUUGGUCCUGCGACAACGGCAGUGGCCCGCUUGAAGUGGCCAGAGGCUGGAGCUCGGAGAGGUGGGCUGGCAAGGGCCACAUUUUUGGCGACUUGCAUGACCUGCUGUCAGAGUCAGCCUUGGCGGAAUUCCACAAGUUUCGCAAGUUCCAGGAGCAAGGCAUCCGGAAGGACUACGAGUUUGUGGGCAGCAUUGAGGAGUUCAAGGCUGAGCACAUGCGAAAGUGCGUCCUGGAUGGCAAUGUGUACUACGCAGCCCCAGAACACAUUCUGCAGGCAGAGCUGAACAGGCUGGCUCAUAACCGCAAGGUGGCCCAGGUUCCAGUGACUUCGAUUUCCACAUCAUGGACUCGCUUCUACCCUGCUGGCGCGCAGCUGCGGUUGAAGAAGGUUGGAGCCAUGCUCUGCUACCUUCUGAGCAAUGUCAAGCAACAGAUGAAGAAGCAGUUGGGGGGCGGGCGUUGUGCAGUGUCAGCUUCAAGCUUUUCCUUCAUCAGCGAGGGCAGUAACAACAUGACAGCGAGCCCGCCCAACAAGAUGGCAGAGCUCAGCAGGUUCGGCGAGUACAGCGACGCAGACAAGGGCCUUGCAAGAAACAGCCUUGCGAUGGUGGUGGCUGUCAUUGGGUUCCUGAAGCGCAGGCUGCAGUCUGCAGCUGUGUGGGGGUGGCUGACCUACUGGCAGGCAGCCCUGCUCGAAACAAUCUUCCAGCUGGAUGGCGCCAGCCAGGCCAGGGCCAGGGAUGUGAGGCCGGAGCCGCAGUACGAGCUCCCUGCAGUGGCGCUUGUUGAAGGGCCUCAGUCUGGCCCAAUCCCUUUGUUGCAGGAGCCUGCUGCCUUGCAGGAGUUCUACAUUGACACCAUCACCCUGGCCGACGAGCCGGGCAACGACUUCUUGGGUUUCUCCAUCAAUUUGAACACACGCUCCAUCCGGCACAAGCCCCCCGACUCACCGUCCCAGAUGGUGAUCCGCAGCUCUUUGGACUCGCGGAAGCAUCUUGCCAGACGGCUUGCAUAUCCCCAACGUGAAGUUCAGGACCUCGCCUGCAAACCCCAGUCGCGGCGACCUUGUGACCCCGCCGGAGCUCUUGUCGUCUCCAAUGGCAUCCGCUUUCGGGAAGAGUGCACCACCGACUGA